AACACAAAAGAAGGGGCAGAAAGAAAAUGAGAUGUAGCUUAAUUUUGAAGACAUGAAGAAUUAUUAAACUUUAUUAUCGUGAAUGGUGAUUGUGUGAAGAAAAAGAACAUAUUUUGUGUUGGGUUUCUUAGGAGAAGUAAGGUAGCUUUUGUUUGGUCCACAUGCGAAGAGAAACGGCCAAGGGUUGUUAUUUAAAGGAAAUAAAUAGUGAAAGACAAGGAAAGAGAUAGAUUGAAUGGGUGAAUAACUGAGGAGAGUUGAAAGCACAGUGUGGUCAGCUUCAUCAAGAUGAUGACAAUGAAGCUGCUUUUGGUAGCCGUUGAACUUGCAUGCUUUGUUUCUGGGAUCUUCUCCUUCGGAUCUCAGACACUGUCUCAGCUUUCUUUCUUAGAAAACGGUGUCGUCUCCACUCGCCCUUCCUCAACUCAACCUCAACCUCUUAUGGUCGACCUCACUCUCAUUCAAGAAGCUCAUUCUAAAGGAGCUGUCUGUUUGGAUGGAACAUUGCCUGGUUACCAUUUGGAUCGUGGAUUUGGAUCUGGUGCAGAUAGUUGGCUUGUUCAUUUGGAGGGGGGAGGAUGGUUUGAUACCAUCAGAAAUUGUGUCUAUAGAAAAAAUACUCGUCGUGGUUCCUCAAAGUUCAUGGAAAAUCAAAUACCAUUCACGGGAAUAUUGAGCAACAAACCUGAAGAAAACCCUGAUUUCUUUAAUUGGAACAGAGUUAAGUUACGGUACUGUGAUGGGGCGUCUUUCAGUGGAGAUGCCGAAGAUGAGUCUGCACAGCUUCAAUUUCGAGGACAAAGAAUAUGGCUAGCUGCAAUGGAGGAAUUAAUGUCGAAAGGAAUGCAGAAAGCCAACCAGGCACUUCUCUCUGGAUGCUCUGCGGGUGGUCUGGCAUCCAUAAUACAUUGUGAUGAGUUCAGGAGCUUAUUUCCAGAAUCUUCCAAAGUGAAAUGUUUGAGUGAUGCAGGUUUCUUUCUUGAUGCAAUUGAUGUAUCUGGGGGACGCACACUGAGGAAUCUGUUUGGAGGUGUUGUUCAGUUGCAGGAUGUACAAAAAAACCUUCCAAAAAGUUGUCUCAACCAACUAGACCCGACUUCGUGCUUCUUUCCUCAGAAUUUGAUCGAUCAUAUUGAAACCCCAUUGUUUCUACUCAACACAGCUUAUGAUGUGUGGCAGGUCCAAGCCAGUUUAGCACCACCUUCUGCUGACCGCCUUGGCUCUUGGAAUGAAUGCAAAUCCAACCAUGCAAAUUGUAGCUCAUCACAAAUUCAGUUCCUCCAAGACUUCAGAAAUCAAAUGCUGAGUGACAUUACAGACUUCUCUAGGUCAUCUCAAACUGGACUAUUCAUAAAUUCUUGUUUUGCUCAUUGUCAGUCUGAGAGACAGGAGACAUGGUUUGCUGACGACUCUCCCCUUAUUGAGGACAAGCCAAUUGCAGUAGCUGUUGGAGACUGGUAUUUUGACCGAGAAGUUGUCAAAGCUAUUGACUGUGCUUACCCGUGUGACAACAGCUGCCAUAAUCUGGUGUUUAACUUUAAGUGAGCAAAAUUUGUUGUCGACUCUGACUUCUUAAUUCUUGAAAUUGCAAUGAGUUUUCAACAAUCAACAUUCAUAAAUUAUUGUGGAAAGUCAUUCUUAGCUGAGGAUGCAAUUGAUUAACUUCGUCA